CGCUCCCGGUUGUCUAUUUCCACCCGUCCUCUCCUCCCUCAGCAACAUCCUAGAUGGGUAACCCGACAGCACAGACCAAGAACACUCUUUCGGUACGAGAUAAUAGGACUGGGAAAACAUACGAGAUACCAAUUGAAGACAAUACCGUCCCAGCAACGGCGUUCAAUUCAAUUCAAGCACCUCGAGCAGCGAACGAGCGAGAAGAAAAUGAAACCGAAAAGGGCUUGAGAGUUUCGGACAAGGGGUUUUUGAAUACGGCUGUGAUGAGGAGUGAGAUCACAUAUAUCGAUGGCGAAGCAGGAGUUCUUCGGUACAGAGGAUACCCAAUUGAACAACUUGCUACUCGGUCAUCCCACCUCGAAACCGCCUAUCUCUUGAUAUACGGCUCAUUACCCACUGCCCCACAAUUCAAAACCUUCCAAGAUGAAGUCAUGCACCAUUCAUAUGUACACUCCGAUGCAGCCCAGUUCUUCCGUUCGUUCCGUUAUGACGCCCACCCAAUGUCAAUCCUCACCAGCGCAUUCGCAUACAUGGGUUCAUACUACAAUGAAGCGAAUCCUUCUCUCCAAGGGCAAAAUUUGUAUACAGCCGGAUCCAAGGAGUCGUUUGAGACUAUGGAUAAACAGAUAUAUCGGUUGAUCGGGAAGGCGACUACGUUGGCUGCGAUGGCGUACCGAGUCCGACAAGGAAGGGAGUUUGUUAUUCCACCCCAUGGUUUAAGCUAUACUGGCUCUUUCCUGUACCAGAUGGAUCAUCUCGGCCAGGAAGGAUACAAACCGAAUCCUGUUCUGGAAAAGGCGCUCGAUGUGCUUUUCCUACUACAUGCCGACCAUGAGCUGAAUGCGUCUGCUACGACUGUUCUACAGACGGGGAGUUCCCUUGUUGACCCGUAUUCUGCUAUUGCGGCUGGUUGUGCAUCACUCUACGGGCCAUUGCACGGAGGGGCGAAUGAAGCCGUGAUUCGAAUGUUGAUCUCCAUAGGGCGCCCCGAAAACGUACCAGCAUUCCUCGAAGCUGUCAAAAGAAGAGAAAGGGUUUUGUCUGGAUUUGGUCACCGGGUGUACAAAACCUCUGAUCCACGGUCGUUCAUUGUACGGAAGACAGCCGACGAGGUGUUCAAAAUAACCGGCAAAGACGAGCUGCUCGAGACCGCCAUGGCCCUUCACGAGGCAGCCAUGAAAGCGAGCGAUGGGCUUUCCUUUGGACUUUUUCCCGGUGUUGUUUGCGGUACCCCGUGUGGUCGGUUGGUUGGCACACUGGCGUCAGAUGAUGCUCCAACCAGGAGGGGUCAAAAUUUGGCGGCCAAGACAGGUUUACGUUGGAUCUAGUAAACGAGAUUAUGUAUCUGUUGAAGAUCGUGUUCCUGUUGAAGGAAUGAAGAAAGAGCCAUCUGCAGUAGUUCACUCAGGGAUUUCGAAAAGAACAAUGCUUGCGACGUUCAAAUGGGCGAAGCUAUAAGUUUAAAGCGUAGCUCAAAGGGUGGUAAGGGGUCGACCGUUACUUAUUCCAUCCAUUCUUGAUAUUUAAUUAUUUAAAUUUACUGUGCUUACGACAUGUCGAGAUGAAACGUAUUGAUGGUUACGGUAUUUU